ACUUAAAUGAAACAUAAUAUUUUUUAAUUUAUAAAUGUAAAACACGAAUAUUGAUUAAUUGUAUAUUAUAUGUUAACAUCAUACUUUGUCUACAAGAUGUAGACCCGUUGUCUUGUGAUUUUAUUUUAUGAAGUAUAUUCAAAGCGGCGAAGUAUCAGACAGACUAUUUAAAAAAAUAUUUAUAGGUAAAAUUAUUUGCAAUGGACGUCUGUGAAUCUGCUGAUGCAUCUUACUGUAUUUUAGAAGAAGGUUCGCAAGACAACUUGGAAAUCUGUGAAAGCACCAGUGAUGUGAAUACUCGAAAUACAGAAGGAAAACUAAGUGUGAGUGAUGGAGUAGAAAAGCCUUGUGCAGUAUGGACAUUGAAUGCUACUACAACUCUCUUAAAAUUAUAUGAAAAUAAAUUAGAAAUGUUAGAAACACCUAAGAAGAAGACCAGGAUCUGGAUUGCCAUAUCACAAAGUUUAAGUGAAUAUGGAAUCGAGAUGACACCAGAUCAAGUCAGGUGGAAAAUAAAUGCUCUUACCAAGAAGUAUAAACAAUGUAUUGAUAGUGGAAACCAUGAUAAGUUUAAAUAUUUUAAAAUAAUGAAUGAUAUCUAUUCACAAUACCAUGUUGACUGUGAUUCCUAUGCAUUAACUGAACUUUUACAUAAAAAGAAAAACAACAGAAUGAGUGGAUCAAAUGACCAGAAUUCAAAAAUAAAUCAAGAAAGCAAAGCUGUCAUUGAGAUGAGAAAAAUAAGACUGGCCAACAGAAUAGAGAGUGAUAGAUUUCAAGGAAAAAUUCAACUGGAAAAACAAUGGUUAGAAUACCUGCAGAGACAAGAAGAACAAAAACAAUGGCGAGAUGAAAUCUAUGAUAGAAACUUGAAACUGCGAGAAGAAGAAUUAGAGCUAAGAAGAAGAGAGUUGGAAAUUAAAGAAACUUUAGAAUUGAAAAAGAUAGAAUUAAAAGAAAAGGAGUACAGAGAAACACUAGAGAUUGAAAGAGAAAAAUGUGAAUUAUUGAAGGAAAUGUUUAGUAAAAGAUAUUAAAAUAAAACAACUUUAA